CGCAACGCAACUAGGAAAAACACUUCCCAACUUUACGACAACGAACUUCAAAAAAGAGAAGGAAAAUCCGACCUCCCACUUGCAAAAGCCCAGUCAGUGCUAAUUCAACUAUUAUGUCUCUUCUCUUUCGUCUGGUCUCUGUCUAAAUUUGCAAAGCUUUGAGCUUUAAGCUUUAAGCAAGCAGCUUAAUUUUACCUUUAGCUUGCAAUUGCAUACAACUUACCAGUCCCGUGCCACUCCAAAGUGCAGAGGUUCAAGUGGAUCUGGUUCUGAUUUUCACGUGACAGAAAUGAUGAGAGAGAGCUUUAGCUCUCUCCUUCUUUCUCUCUCCCUAGCUACUUAAGCUUUUGCUUGAGCCCUAAACACCCAACAUUUUGCCUUUGGGAGCUGAAAGUUGUUAAUGCAAGAGCAGCUAAUUAAUUGAUUAAUUCAUGAAGCGGAAGGCAGGUCCGCAGAAAGCACAGUACAAAUGGAAGAGGAAGCUGUUCGUUGCGCUUUUGAUGGGCUUUUGCUUCGGGACGUUGGUGUUGCUGAUGCACACUCAGUACAGUCGGAUUAUGACACUCUCUUCGUUGCGUUCUCAGCUCACUCAAUCCCCCAAGAUCGCCUUCUUGUUCAUCGCUCGCAAUCGCCUUCCCUUGGACCUGCUUUGGGAUGUUUUCUUUCAGGGAGGGGAGAGUAGGUUUUCAAUUUAUGUUCACUCUAGGCCUGGGUUUCUGUUCAACAAGGCCACCACCAGAUCGGUUUUUUUCUUGAAUCGUCAAGUCAAUGAUAGUACACAGGUAGAUUGGGGAGAAGCAAGCAUGAUUGAGGCUGAGCGUAUAUUACUGAAGCAUGCACUUGAGGAUCCUCUUAAUCAACGCUUUGCCUUUCUUUCUGAUAGCUGCAUUCCUCUUUACAGUUUCAGCUAUAUAUAUGACUACAUCAUGUCAACAAGAACCAGCUUUGUAGACAGCUUUGCCGAUACAAAAGAGGGCCGCUAUAAUCCCAAAAUGAAUCCUGUUAUUCCUGUUCAUAACUGGAGAAAAGGAUCUCAGUGGGUUGUUUUGACCAGGAAGCAUGCUGAGGUUGUAGUGAAAGACUAUACAGUCUUUCCUAUGUUUCAACAGCAUUGCAAGACGAAGUCGCUACCUGAGUUUUGGCGGGAUCGUCCCAUUCCUGCUGAUACAUCCAAGGAGCACAAUUGUAUACCAGACGAGCAUUAUGUUCAGACAUUACUGGCUCAAGAAGGCCUCGAAGGAGAAAUCACGCGUAGAUCACUGACACACUCAUCAUGGGAUUUAUCAUCCUCUAAAGACCGUGAACGCCGUGGAUGGCACCCUGUGACUUACAAAUAUUCAGAUGCUACUCCCAUGCUUAUUAAAUCUAUAAAGGAGAUAGAUAAUGUCUACUAUGAGACUGAAUACCGGAGAGAAUGGUGUAGUUCCAAGGGCAAACCAUCCAAAUGCUUUCUUUUUGCACGAAAAUUUACCCGGCCUGCUGCUCUCAGGCUUCUUAACACGACUGCACUGGAACUUAAACGGAGCAACGAUUAAAGUCUAACUCUGGUAAAGUUUGUUUUCAGCUAAUCCGGCUAAUCUUGAUACAUAUUAGAAAAUAGUAAUUAGAUUUGCAAUGAGCGGAAUAAAAGAAAAAGGAGGUUGUGUAAAUUUUGUUGGGAAGGGGGAGGUGGGGAAGGAGAGGGACAAGGGUGUUGUACUGUGGUAUGUAUUCUUUUUAGAACAAAACAAAAAAGGAAAAAAGAAUUACACAGAAUAAAAAGGGAACUAUUGCUUUCUA